UUUUUUUUUUUUUGCUCCAUGGCUGCGUGCGGCGGCCUGGACGAGGACUGCGCGCCGCAGCGCGCCAGAUCUCAGAGCGACCCGAGCAGCAUCACCGAGGUCCGCCGGGCGGACGCGGAUCGAUCAGAUGUGAUGGACCAACAGAGAGCGCUGCACUCAGGCUGUCUGGUCUCAGGGGUUCGUACGCCUCCCAUCAGACGCAACAGCAAGCUGGCCAGCCUGGGACGCAUCUUCAAGCCCUGGAAGUGGAGGAAGAAGAAAACUGAGAAGCUGAAGCCCACAGCAACUCUGGAGAAGAAGGCGGCAAUCCGGCAGACGAAAGAUGACGGGGACAGGCGGAACCCCGGAGACACGGAGACAGGAUCAGAUCUUGCUUGCGGCUGCAGCGGAGACAAUGCAGAGACGGUAACGCCCUCGGAUGGUGAGGACAAGGAACCUGUGGCACCUCUGGCCAGCACGGCAGAAGAACUGGGCAGUGAUUUAGAGAUCUCAACAGUGCAGUGUGUGAGUGAAGACCCACAGACAGCUGGAGGUCCCAGUCAGAGUGAGGAGCCUGAGGACCAGCCCGAGGACCAGCCCGCCUCCCUCAGCGACCCCGGGGACGAGCAGCCGGUGGAAGACGUGCAGAGCGCCGAGGGGAAACAAGAGGCCACCAGGGUCCAACUCCAGAGACGAGCCAGCAGCCCUCCUCCACCCAACCUGCCCGUCAAACUGCUCACCAGACUGGGCAGCCUGGACGGUGCUCUUCCUGUGCCAGUGAAAAAGUCCCCGGCCACCCUGCCCAGGAACUUCACGCUUCCAAAAGACCACCACAGCUCCCUGCUGAGAGGACGGAUCUCCACACCGACUGGGUCGCCUCACCUGGGGAUUCUACACCCACACCUGCCCCAUAGCUGUAUCAUCGAGGAGUUACAUCAAGCUCUGGCCACCAAACGCAGACAGGACAGUUUCCAGGCCAAGGAGGUUUGCUUAUCCCCGAAACUGCGCCUGGAUAGUCGUCUGUCGCAUGCGUGCAGCGCUGAGAGGGAGCCGGCCGCUGAGACGGACAGCAAGAAGGACGCUGACGAGAACAAGGAGAACUGGCAUCUGGACCCACACCUGAGUGACCAGGACACCUGGAACGAGUCUGUGAUUUGUGGGACGCUCCCACGCAGAAUGAAGAAGGAGCUGCUGGCUGUGAAGCUUCGGAACCGACCCAGCAAGCAGGAGCUGGAGGACCGCAACAUCUUCCCCGUCCACAGCGACCAGGAGCGCCAGGAAAUCCGCCAGCAGAUCGAGAUGAAGCUGGCCAAGAGACUGAGCCAGAGGCCGGCGGUGGAGGAGCUGGAGAGCCGGAACAUCCUGAAACAGAGAAAUGACCAGAUUGAACAGGAGGAGCGGCGGGAAAUCAAACAGCGGCUCAACAGAAAGCUGAACCAGCGGCCGACUGUGGACGAGCUGCGGGACAGAAAGAUCCUUAUUCGUUUCAGCGACUACGUGGAAGUGGCCAAAGCUCAGGAUUAUGACCGGCGUGCCGACAAGCCGUGGACCCGACUGUCAGCUGCUGACAAGGCAGCAAUACGGAAGGAGCUGAACGAGUUUAAAAGCAAUGAGAUGGAAGUUCAUUCUUCGAGCAAACAUCUGACAAGGUUCCACCGGCCUUAGCAGGGUUUCUUCUGUGAAGAGUUGCUGCUGUUUGGUUCCGUCAAGUGAAGACCUCACACAGUCUUCCGAAAUGCUGGCCCACAGUCAGUGGGUGUCCUGAUAUUUGGGUCCCGUGAACCUUGGAGGCUAUGUCUCUUGAAACGGAGCUACCAGACAGAGGAUGUAUGCACCAAGCUCCACUUCUGCUCAGAGGAAUAACUUUGCAACCCUCACGUCAUCUUUUCAAAGGAGCAGCAAAGUCAUGGUCACGUACUCGCCAGAGUAAAUAAAGACCAAAGAGACUGUUUUGAAAGUCGUCCUUUUUGAUGCCACAUGGGGGAAAAUGUGCAUGUGACCAAGUCACCCAGUCCCACUACAGUGUCAGUCAUCACCUCCCCAAACUGUGUCUGGAUCCACUGAUCCAAUCUGAAGUUUUAUAUCGACUGUGUAAAUGUUCUUGAACUGAAAUCUUGUCAGAAAUCCCUUUGUAAGCACUAUUUGUUGUCUGCAAAAUACAGUUUUCAGUUUGUAAGAA